AUGACAGCCCCCCCCCCCAUUCUCUGCUGCUUUACAAACUUUACCUCAUCAUUACUGACCAAAGAGAAGUCAGUUUCCAUCGGAGGUCCAUCAGACCCCACUGACACCCGGGCCCUGGUCCAGCUCUGUCCUGGGGGAGAUGAUGGUGGUGGGACCUCCAGCAGUAAGGGUCCGAGGGUCCGAGGGGACAGAGGACAGCCGCUUCUGUCGGAGCCCAUCACAGGCCCAGGGGUGAUGAGUGACAGGGGAGUCGGCCCUUAA